GCCAGGUGUUAAUAUCAGUCUUGUCCCAGAUUGUUCGCCAGAGAGAAUAGAAUCAUCCUCGCUGUUUCCUAUUUACCAUUUGUUUCCACCAAUCAUCAUCUUCUCGCAUCAGAGCCAAUCCAUGGCGCUUUCUUUCUUUAGCUCCGUGUAAUUUCUCUAUUCUGACAAGUCAAAUCCCUAAAAACUCCUCGAUUCUCAUGGCCAUCGUUACCGGAGAUCGAUAUCUAGAGAAUCUCCAGAGGUUCCUUGACGAGAAAGCUGAUUUGCUUAUUGAUGGUACCGAUGUCCUCAAGCUUAAUCCCGCGGGUCUUCACUAUGUUCAUCUCCGUCUCGAAUCUCUUCGUGAACUUGAGCUUAUGCUCUCCGGAGCUCCCGUUGACUAUCUCCGUGCCUACGUCUCCGACAUUGGCGAUUUCCGUGCCCUUGAGCAGCUCCGGCGUAUUCUCCGUCUCCUUCCUUCUCUUAAGGUCGUUUCAUCGCUUCCUUCACCGGCUCGUGAUCCUACGCCGCUCUCUCUUCUUCCUUUUUCUAAGCUUAAGGUCUUGGAACUCCGUGGCUGUGAUUUGUCUACUUCUUCUGCUAAGGGAUUGCUAGAACUCAGGCACACUUUGGAGAAGCUGAUCUGCCAUAAUUCCACUUCUGUAGGGAAAUUGAACUAUUAGUAUAUUUGGAAUGGACAAUGAAUGGUGGAAGGUUUUCAUGUCAUUUCUUCAGAGGUUUCAGGACGCUUAAAGGAUGCGUUGCGGCAUGUGUUUGCUAGUAGAAUCGCUGAGAUAAAGGAUUCACCACAGUGGAAUAAGUUGGCUUUCAUUUCUUGUGCUUGUAACCGUCUUGUGCUCAUGGAUGAGUCGUUGCAACUUCUUCCAGCUGUUGAGUCGCUUGAUCUGAGCCGAAACAAGUUUGCAAAGGUGGAUAAUCUUCGGAGAUGUAACAAGUUGAAACACCUUGAUCUAGGUUUCAAUCAACUAAGAAAAAUCUCUCACCUGAGCGAGGUAUCCUGUCACCUUGUUAAACUUGUUUUGAGGAAUAACGCGCUAACUACAUUGCGUGGGAUUGAGAAUUUGAAGUCACUUGAAGGCCUGGAUGUUUCCUUCAAUCUUAUUUCCGACUUCUCGGAACUGGAGUUCCUCGGGAGUCUUUCAUUCUUGACAGACCUCUGGUUGGAAGGAAAUCCAAUUUGUUGUGCUCGAUGGUACAGGGCACAUGUCCUCAGCUACGUUUACCUUCCAAAUGAUUUGAAACUUGAUGGCAAACAUAUUGGGAAUAGAGAAUUUUGGAAGAGGCAGGUUGUUGUUACCCGUAGGAAAAGUCAGCCUGCCAGUUACGGGUUCUACUCUCCGGCUAGAGACGAAGCUGAUGACGAAGGAAGCUUUACUAGAAAAAAGACGAAAAUCUACCGGCUCGCGUCUAUUGAUAGUGAGGAAGAGAGCACCUAUGUGAAUUCUGAUCAAGAGUCUGCUUCAUGUGAACCCGAGACUCAAAGCAAAGAGGAGAAUAUCAAGUCUGAUCAUGAAGCUGAUGUCUUUGGUCUAAUAUGUAAAGUUGAACAGUUGAAGAAAGAGCGUUCUGUUCUUUGGCUUCGGGAAUUUAAGGAGUGGAUAGAUCAUCCAUCCGAGGAUUUUGUGGAUGUCAGCAAAAAUGGGAGCAGUACUGAUUCAGAGCAGAAGUACUACAUGAAGAAUAGAAAUGGCCCAAAACAUCAUGGUGAAACAAUGAGAUAUACACCAGGGCCUCUACCAAGUUUCCAAAUUACAGAUCUAAAUCAGAAGCAUCAAGCAUUUUUUCUUGAUGGGAAGCCAGAUGAAAAUGGAAACAUGUCAACUUUGGAUGCUAGUCAGGAUAUGACAGGAUCAUUUUCACCUUCAUCACCCCCUCAUUAUCAAAAGGAUGUCUUACACCGGCGUCAGAACCUGGUGGAAGAAAUCUUACAGAUAUCAGCAGAUUCUUAUUCAGUGGCUUCGUCUGAUAGUAGCUGCAGUGAAAAUGAAAAUUAUGAUUCUGAGCAAUCAAAUCCUGAACAGGAUACGUUGAAGGAUCAUCUUAGUGGCAAUAGAGGAGAAGACACAAGCUUGCUUGACUCUCAACCAGAGAAGAGUAGCAUCAUAAAGUCUUGGAAGAUAGAGGAUUCGUUCAAAGCGAAGACCACUAAUUUUCUUUCUGGGCUACAUAAAAGUGAGCUUGCUUCUGGUGUUAACCAGAUUUACCGUUGGUUUGACAAAAAGCAAAGCAAGAGGAAGCCUAAAAAAAGAAAUGUUUCUCCACUGGAGGAGUAUAGUUUCAUAAAGAAAGGAGAAACAUCUCAUAGAAGUGAUGCAGAUAUCAUUGAUUCUUGUGAAGAUGAAUAUAUUUCUGAUCAUUUUCAAGAAGGUUCCUUGACUACAGGUUGUAAUAGUAAGAGAAGUACUAGAUUUUUGGAAACUGAAAAAUCCCUUGAAGGAAUGGGUGGUCUAGUGGAGGAAUUUUUUACAACGACACUGUCAGAUUCCAGCAAUGAUGAGACUUGUAGGAUUUACGUUAGUUGUGAUUGCAUACUACAGCAAGAAUCCACCUAUAAGCAACGGGAAGUAGUGUUGCUGCUGAGUAGCCAAGAAAAACUGUAUGUGCUGCUCGUGGGUGUCUCCACUGAUUUACAAGAGAGCAGCUUAAGUUUAUUGUGUUCGCAUACAAUCGGGGAUAUACGAGAUGUCUCAGUUGGUCUAGGACUUCAGGUUGUGAGGCUACGUUUUAGGGAGGAUGCAGAGUACAUUUUCAUGACGGCGAGCAUUGAAAAAACAACAGUUUUACUCAAUAUCAUAAAAUUCUUGGAUUAUCAGGUUACAGAAUCAAAAUUUUCUUUGAAGAGUUUGGAGAAUGUUCAAGUGGAAUUGUUUGAGAAAGAAAUAUGUAGUGGUUUGAAGCUGAGUAUAUUCCAGUAUAUUGUUCUCCAUUUUCAGAGCAGCACUUUUGGAGAAGUGUCAUGGCUUCCACGGUCACUCUUUGUGGCGGGUGGACAUCUUUUCAUAUGCAAUGAAGACUUCAGGCAACUGAGUUUUCUGCCAACAGAUGAUGCUUCUUCAUCCCCAUAUUUCUCACUUGACUCAAGCUGCUCCAUCUCCGACAUAUUUGAGAUGGUUGUUGAAUCAAGAGGAAGCUCGUGCUUGUCACUGAAGGUCAAGCAGAAGGAUUCCACAUUUCAAAGCAGCCAAAAGAGGACAGUGAAUUCAGUAACAUGGAAGCUCAAGUUACUCAGCCCUGAGUGUGUACCCAAAUUUGUGGCUCUAGUAAAUGGACUUCACCCAGAUUCGACAGAAUUCCCAUUGUUCGUAAGGCAUUUGGGUGAGAGAUGAGCCGUAAAUAUUUAGAACUUGACAUUUGUUCAUAACUUCAAAUUCAUUUGAUUCAAUUUGUUCGUGAGUUUUGAUUCAUCUUGUAUAAAGCCCUUGAGGGUCCUGUGGUGUGUCCAAAAUAUUCUUCGAUUUGU